AUGAUCACGGCCCGGGAGCACUCCAGCCACAAACAACAAUCAGAGAAAAACACGGGAGACACCCACAGCAAAGCUUUUGGAGCAGCUCACCCCAGUCCUGCCCCCAGUGACCCCUCUGCACCCCAAAACCCGAGCAGCAGGAAUCACCCGGCCCAGGACAUCUCCGAGAACAACGUGAAACCAAGGAAUCACCCGGCGCAGGACAUCUCCGAGAACAACGUGAAACCACGGGACAGAUCCGCCGCUCGCCCCCUCCCCGGGAUCUCCGUUCUCCCCUCGGGUUCCCCGCUCUCCCCCUCCCCGGGAUCCCCGCUCUCCCCGCAGAUCCCCGUCCCGGAGCGGCCGCUCGCACUCUUCAGGAGGAUCUGCAAGCAGGCACAGAUCCCCCUUGCACUGCACACGCUGGAGCGAGUUUGGGUGUUUGUGGGCAAUGCCGUACGGACCGACAGCCGGUACCCAGGACUGACAGCCGGUACCCAUGGACCGACACUCAGUACCAGUGGGACCGUACGGACCGACAGCCGGUACCAGCGGGACUGUACGGACCGACAGCCAGUACCCAGGACUGACAGCCGGUACCCACGGACCGACACCCAGUACCUGCCGGGCCGUACGGACCGACAGCCGGGGGGGGGGGAUGCGGGGCCGGGCCCGGAGCUGGCGGCCGUGAUCGGCGCCACCGUGCCCACGGGCUUCGAGCACACGGCGGCCGAGGAGGUGCGGGAGAAGCUGGGCUCGGCCUCCAGGAUCAGCCGGGAUCGCGGCAAGAUCUACUUCGAGGUCCCGGCCCGGAGCCUGCCUCAGGUCCAUCGUCUGAGGUCAGUGGAUAAUUUAUUUGUUGUUGUUCAGGAGUUCAAAGACUAUCAAUUUGAAGAAAAUAAGGAAGAUGCUCUAAAGCAUUUGGAAGAUUUGGUUAAAGAGCUGCCCUGGACCGACCCAUUGAAAGUUUGGGAGUUGAACAACAGCCUGAAAAAGAAGAAGACAAAGCGCAAAAAACACAACCUGCAGGGUCCUGCAAGCAGAGAGAAGCUGAGUGGUGGUGGAGAAGAGGGAGGAGCAGACCAAAAUGCCACUGAUGACCAGGAGGACUGUGCACAGAACCCUGUGGAGGCAGAGACUCCCCAAGGAGUGACAUCCAGGAACGGGGUGGAGGAGGAGGAAGAUAAUGAGGCAGAUGUGAAAGCUGCAGUGCAGGAGGGUUCUGGGAGCGGGACCAGGGCUGCUGCCAGCGAGGCAGGCGAAGGGGAGAAGGUGCUGAGGUUCCGAGUGACCUGCAGCAGGGCUGGAGACAAGCACAGCUUCACCUCCAACGAGGCCGCCAGGGACUUCGGGGGAGCCGUGCAGGAGCACUUCCAGUGGAAAGCUGACAUGACCAAUUUCGAUGUGGAGGUUCUUCUGAAUAUUCACAACAAUGAAGUCGUGGUGGGAAUUGCAUUAACUGAAGAGAGUCUCCACAGAAGGAAUAUCACUCACUUCGGGCCCACAACGCUGCGUUCCACCCUGGCUUAUGGCAUGCUCAGACUCUGUGAUCCCCAGCCCACAGAUAUCAUAGUUGAUCCCAUGUGUGGUACAGGUGCGAUACCAAUAGAGGGAGCUGCAGAAUGGCCCAACUGCUACCACAUUGCAGGGGAUAACAGCCCUCAGGCAGUGAAGAGAGCAGCUAACAACAUCUGCUCCUUACUGAGGAAAAACGAGAGUAAGGACAGCAGCACUGCCCUGGGCGUCCCCUUGGACGUCAUCCAGUGGGACAUCUGCAACCUGCCCCUGCGCACAGGCUCUGUGGACAUCGUGGUGACAGACAUGCCCUUCGGGAAGAGGAUAGGGUCGAAGAAGAAGAACUGGGAUCUCUACCCAGCCUGCCUGAUGGAGAUGGGUCGGAUCUGCACCCCAGGGACAGGCAGGGCUGUGCUGCUUACCCAGGACAAGAAAUGCUUUGCCAAGGCCCUGUCCCGGGUGGGGCACAUCUGGCGCAGAGCUCAGACAGUGUGGGUGAACGUGGGCGGGCUGCACGCUGCCGUCUACCUGCUGAGGCGCACGGCGGAGCGCGCCGAGGAGGGACGGCGCCGCUGCUGACUGCGGGAGCACAGGGAGACACCCCGGGGUGCAGAGAGCCAGCUGGGACAGCAGCACCCCGGGGCGCAGAGAGAGACACCGCGGGGUGCUGGAGAGCCAGCUGGGACAGCAGCACCCCGGGGCGCAGAGAGAGACACCGCGGGGUGCUGGAGAGCCAGCUGGGACAGCAGCACCCCGGGGCGCAGAGAGAGACACCGCGGGGUGCUGGAGAGCCAGCUGGGACAGCAGCACCCCGGGGCGCAGAGAGAGACACCGCGGGGUGCUGGAGAGCCAGCUGGGACAGCAGCACCCCGGGGCGCAGAGAGAGACACCGCGGGGUGCUGGAGAGCCAGCUGGGACAGCAGCACCCCGGGGCGCAGAGAGAGACACCGCGGGGUGCUGGAGAGCCAGCUGGGACAGCAGCACCCCGGGGCGCAGAGAGAGACACCGCGGGGUGCUGGAGAGCCAGCUGGGACAGCAGCACCCCGGGGCGCAGAGAGAGACACCGCGGGGUGCUGGAGAGCCAGCUGGGACAGCAGCACCCCGGGGCGCAGAGAGAGACACCGCGGGGUGCUGGAGAGCCAGCUGGGACAGCAGCACCCCGGGGCGCAGAGAGAGACACCGCGGGGUGCUGGAGAGCCAGCUGGGACAGCAGCACCCCGGGGCGCAGAGAGAGACACCGCGGGGUGCUGGAGAGCCAGCUGGGACAGCAGCACCCCGGGGCGCAGAGAGAGACACCGCGGGGUGCUGGAGAGCCAGCUGGGACAGCAGCACCCCGGGGCGCAGAGAGAGACACCGCGGGGUGCUGGAGAGCCAGCUGGGACAGCAGCACCCCGGGGCGCAGAGAGAGACACCGCGGGGUGCUGGAGAGCCAGCUGGGACAGCAGCACCCCGGGGUGCAGAGAGAGACACCGCGGGGUGCAGAGAGCCAGCUGGGACAGCAGCACCGCGGGGUGCUGGAGAGCCAGCUGGGACAGCAGCACCCCAGAGCACAGCUCUGUCGCUUUCAAAACCAAACAACCUGUGGAGAAAUUGUCACACCAGUGUUAAACCAGGGAUCAACUUG